UGUGACACCCGGCAGAUCAGGGAGCACUAUGGUGUGGCGGAGUUCCGGGAUGUGGAGCAGUUCCUGUGUGUGUUGGCUCACAGACAGGGAAGGUUGAGGAGAGGAGGAAUUCCCGAUCAGGACGCAGCCGCCCGCAGCGUCCUCACAGACUGGACCAGCGGAAAGAUCAGUUACUUCACUCACCCGCCUGCGAGCCACAGUUUGCCCACACACCUGAGCGCCCAGAUUGUCAGUGAGAUGGGCAAAGCUUUCGACAUCGACGAGCUCGAGGAGGCAGAUCAGGAAGUUCUCAGAGACAUCCCCUCUCCCCCAGUUGAGGGGGGCAUCUGCCUACAGACUGUGGGGCUGACCAGCGGGGAGACAGGCCAGCGAGGGAGCGAGGGGGGGAGCGAGGGGGAAGAGAGAGAGCAGAGGGAGGAGGCGAUGGAUGAUGACAGAGAUACUGAGCUGGGUCAGAUGACAGUGAUGUUUGAAGCGAGGCGAGAGAAGGGGAAGAAGUCGGAGGUCAGCGACACCGCCACACAGCUCCGAGACCUCAGCGAAGACAUCAGAAACGUGGAACCCCUUCACCAGGGGCAGGCGGUUCGAGCUGCCAACAAGCGGAGGAAGAAGCUGCAGAAAAGAGCAGGAUUUGAACCCAAAAAUCGGCGAUUUAAAAAAAGACACACACACACAGGUCAGUGAAUGGGUGAAUUUAAUGCGCGGAAAAUCAGUCAGUCGUCGUAUAACUGUGUCGACGUUAAUAGAGCCGCCUGGAGUUCCUGAGUCUGUCCUGCUGCGUGUGUAUGUGUGCGCGCACGUGUGGUGUACGUGUACUUGUGUGG